AUGUUGUCAUCAUGGAUAAGGUCUAUUUCUUCAUCCAGGGUUUUGAGUGCCGUAUACGCACUCUUCCUUUCUUCAUUCUCCUCAUCCACUUUCACCGCCGCACUCACCUCCUCCUUCCCCCCCACUUCGUUCUUAAUCACCAGCAACUCAUUUGCAACGUCCCCCAUGGUUGGACGGCUUGCAGUGCGAUCCACCGUGCAGGUGUGGGGUUGCUGUUGUUGUGGUGGUGGUGGUGGUGGUGGUGGUGGUGGUGGUGGUGGUGGUGGUGGUGGUGGUGGUGGUGGUGGUGGUGGUGGUGGUGGUGGUGGUGGUGGUGGUGGUGGUGGUGGUGGUGGUGGUGGUGGUGGUGGUGGUGGUGGUGGUGGUGGUGGUGGUGGUGGUGGUGGUGGUGGUGGUGGUGGUGGUGGUGGUGGUGGUGGUGGUGGUGGUGGUGGUGGUGGUGGUGGUGGUGGUGGUGGUGGUGGUGAUGGUGGUGGUGGUGGUGGUGGUGGUGGUGGUGGUGGUGGUGGUGGUGGUGGUGGUGGUGGUGGUGGUGGUGGUGGUGGUGGUGGUGGUGGUGGUGGUGGUGGUGGUGGUGGUGGUGGUGGUGGUGGUGGUGGUGGUGGUGGUGGUGGUGGUGGUGGUGGUGGUGGUGGUGGUGGUGGUGGUGGUGGUGGUGGUGGUGGUGGUGGUGGUGGUGGUGGUGGUGGUGGUGGUGGUGGUGGUGGUGGUGGUGGUGGUGGUGGUGGUGGUGGUGGUGGUGGUGGUGGUGGUGGCGGCCGCGGCGGCGGCAGCGGUGGCGGCGGCGGCGGCGGCUGUGGUGGUGGCGGUGGUGCUUACCCAAUGUAG